GAAAGCAGAGAAGACAAUCCCGUUAAAAAAAAAUCAUCCAGAAAAAAUAAUACAUUUUCCUGGAAGCUUGUUGCCGGACACACCUUCUGCUGGACUACCCUGUCACCGCUACAAUCAAUAUGGAUGAGGACAAUCACGUUCCUGAGGACCUGUCCCUGGAGGAGAGGGAUGAGCUGUCAAACAUCCGACGCAGGAAGAGGGAGCUGCUCGACGAUAUUGAGAGGUUGAAGUUCGAGAUCGCAGAGGUGAUGACGGAGAUCGAGCAGCUGACGUGUGUUGGGGAGAGUAAAACAUCCCAGAGAAACAAACAGAUCGCCAUGGGCAGGAAGAAAUUCAACAUGGACCCAAAAAAGGGAAUCCAGUUCCUGUUGGAGAACGACCUCCUUCAACAUACUCCCGAAGACAUCGCUCAGUUCCUCUACAAAGGCGAGGGCCUCAACAAGACCGUUAUCGGAGACUACUUGGGCGAGCGGGAUGACUUCAACAUCAAGGUGCUGCAGGCUUUUGUGGAGCUGCAUGAAUUUGCAGACCUCAACCUCGUCCAAGCACUACGGCAAUUCCUGUGGAGUUUCCGUCUGCCAGGUGAAGCUCAGAAGAUCGACCGUAUGAUGGAAGCGUUUGCCUCACGGUAUUGCCAGUGCAACCCUGGAGUCUUCCAGUCAACAGAUACCUGCUACGUCCUGUCAUUUGCUAUCAUCAUGCUGAACACUAGCCUACACAACCCCAACGUCAGAGACAAGCCCCCUGUGGAGCGCUUUAUCUCCAUGAACAGAGGCAUCAAUGAAGGAGGAGACCUGCCAGAGGAGCUUCUCAGAAACCUUUAUGACAGCAUCAAAAACGAGCCCUUUAAAAUCCCAGAGGAUGAUGGGAAUGAUCUGACGCACACGUUCUUCAACCCUGACAGAGAAGGCUGGCUUUUAAAGCUAGGCGGCAGGGUGAAGACGUGGAAGAGAAGGUGGUUCAUACUGACCGACAACUGCUUGUAUUACUUUGAAUACACAACAGAUAAAGAGCCUCGUGGGAUUAUUCCCCUGGAGAACCUCAGCAUCAGAGAAGUGGACGAGCCCAGGAAACCUAACUGUUUCGAGCUCUACAACCCCAACCACAAAGGUCAGGUCAUCAAGGCCUGCAAGACAGAGGCGGACGGGCGGGUCGUCGAGGGCAACCAUGUAGUGUACAGGAUAUCUGCUCCCACACCGGAGGAGAAGGAAGAGUGGAUCAAAUCCAUCAAAGCAAGCAUCAGCAGGGAUCCUUUCUACGACAUGCUGGCCACCAGAAAGCGGAGGAUAGCCAAUAAGAAAUGA